CAAUUGCAGUGGGCACACACUUCCUGAUGGAGCUGCUCCUGCGAAGAAUAAAAAUACACUCCUAGCAAGCCAGCUAGACGAGUUAUGAAAAAGUUAUGUUUUGGCUAUCAAGUGGAUAGAAAAAGAAUAUUUUUAGAAAUGGACGAUAUUCGUCGGUUUUCGUGAGUUACUAGCUGACUUUAGCUAGUAAUGUCUCUAACGCUACCAUCCGCCGAUAUGCUUGAAACACCUCCUGGAUACCCAUUUGAAGAAAUCAACUAUGAGGACAUUGAAGUUGAGGAGGUGGUGGGGAGAGGAGCUUUUGGGGUUGUUUGCAAAGCCAAAUGGAAAGGCAAAGACGUUGCAAUCAAGACCAUUGAAAGUGAAUCAGAGAGGAAAGCCUUUAUUGUUGAGCUCCGACAGCUUUCACGUGUGAAUCACCCCAACAUUGUGAAGUUGUAUGGUUCUUGCAAUAGUCCAGUCUGCCUUGUGAUGGAAUAUGCUGAAGGCGGGUCAUUGUAUAAUGUGCUGCAUGGUGCUGAACCCCUCCCCUAUUACACUGCUUCCCAUGCCAUGAGCUGGUGUUUACAGUGUUCUCAAGGCGUGGCCUAUCUCCAUGGCAUGAAACCAAAGGCUCUCAUUCACAGGGACCUCAAGCCACCCAAUCUGCUUCUAGUGGCAGGCGGCACCGUGCUGAAGAUAUGUGACUUUGGAACAGCUUGUGACAUUCAGACCCACAUGACCAACAACAAAGGAAGUGCAGCAUGGAUGGCCCCAGAGGUUUUUGAAGGCAGCAAUUACAGCGAGAAGUGUGAUGUGUUCAGCUGGGGAAUCAUUCUCUGGGAGGUGAUCACUCGCAGGAAGCCCUUUGAUGAAAUUGGAGGACCAGCUUUUCGCAUUAUGUGGGCUGUGCACAACGGAACAAGACCUCCUUUAAUCAAAAAUUUGCCUAAGCCCAUUGAGAGUCUGAUGACUCGCUGUUGGUCUAAAGACCCUUCUCAGCGGCCUUCCAUGGAGGAGAUAGUGAAGAUCAUGACUCAUCUAAUGAGGUACUUCCCAGGAUCUGAUGAACCCCUGCAGUAUCCAUACCAUUAUUCAGAUGAGGGACAGAGCAACUCCGCAACUAGUACAGGUUCAUAUUUGGACUACACUGCUACCAGCACAAGCAACAAAAGUGAUGCAAACAUGGAGCACAGUGAUUCUCAAGGGAGCAACGACACUAUCAAGAUUACCCCUCAGUUUGCUCCUCAUUUCAAGCCAAAGGGAGAUCCAUUGAGGAGUCUACCUCUGUCCAGAGGAGGCAGCGUUGAGAGUCUGCCUACACGGACACAAUGCCUGGCAUCAUCUGACAGCAAAAGAAUGAGUGCUGACCUAUCAGAGCUGGAGCCCAAGAUGCCAUUUGCACCUGCAGCACGCCCACAGUAUAAACGAGGCCAUCGUAAAACUGCAUCAUUCGGCACCAUUCUGGAUGUCCCCAAGAUCGUCGUCACAGCCACAUGCGAGCCUCAGAGACGUCGCUCCGUGCAGGAUCUGCCAGGCAUCAGCUCAGAGUCCAGCCAGGGGAGCAGGAAUAGCAGUCGGUCCUCCAGCCCUAGUGUGAGGAUGAUGCCACCUGAUAAGACGGGCAGCAGAGGUUACUUCUCCCCUGAAGACCCUACAGACACCAACGGCUCAGACAAUUCCAUUCCCAUGGCUUAUCUCACCCUGGAUCACCAAUUACAGCCUCUCGCCCCCUGUCCCAACUCCAAAGAGUCCAUGGCAGUGUUUGAGCAGCAUUGCAAGAUGGCUCAAGAAUAUCUGAAAGUGCAAACAGAGAUUGCCCUGCUGAUCCAGAGAAAGAAGGAGCUCAUUGCUGAACUGGACCAAGAUGAGAAGGACCAGCAGAAUACAUCCCGUCUGGUGCAGGAGCAUAAAAAGCUGCUGGAGGAGAACAAGAGUCUGUCCACAUACUACCAGAAGUGCAAAAAACAGCUGGAGCUGAUACGGGUCCAGCAACAGAAGAGACAGGGCACGUCAUGAUGAGACACAGACAUAAGAGCCACUACCAUCCCUUCCCUGACCGCCCUCCUCCCUACCCCUGCACUAUAACACUACCCACUCUCAUGCUCUGCACACACACACUAUUCCCAGUCCAGCUUUGUACAGAGACCUGCAUUCUACUGUGUCCUGCAUGUUGCGUUUAGACCUGUUCUUCUGUCCACCAGGAAGACGUCCUCUGUACAUACAUUUGCACAUCCUCACAGUGUAUUCUGUGACCGCAGACCAAACAAUCACUGCACCCCAUCCUGAUCAGCUCAGACCCUGCUUCUGUGCUUCAGGACAGAUCUUUUCUUCAGCAUCAGUGCUUCCAUUGAGUGUGAUGGCAGGCCGAUGAGCAUGGGUUGGGUGUUUCUACAUGUUUGCUCUCACUCAGGGCAUCUGGGCUGCCUUCUCAGUGUUUGUCCACUCCUCAGCGGCUGACAGCCACACCGUCCUCCAGAAUGUGAAAACCAAGACAAAGGCUUUUCAGCAAAAAGUGUGAAUCAUAUGCAUAAUUUUUAGAGAAAUGAGGAUGUUUGAAACCCGUUCCACAGUGCGUGCGUGGCAUCCCUGUCAUGCUAAAGACACACACACACUGACCCCUCUUAAAUCAACAUAUUUAUCUCUAACCUCUCCCUUUUCUCAUCAUGAGCAUGAGCCCCUCCACAGACCACCAUACCCAUUUACGUCCUCAAGGUGAUGUAAUCAGUUCAGAGAGGGAUGCACUUCAUGUCAGACAUUACAGUAAAAGGAAUUGCUCGGGGUUCGUGUAAACCUGGAUGCAGCGUAAAUGAUAUGCUCAUGCUCUUAAAAAACACAACUAGUUUCCAGAGCAAAUACAGAAAGCUGUGGAUUCCC